AAUACGGUGCCAGGUACUACAGCUCCGGGCGCUAGCAGAGCGCAACAACUUUGUUCCGGAAGUAGUAGUUUCCACUGCACUUUCGUUUCUCUGGGACAGCUUAAUCGGCAUGGGAAGUGAAGGAAGUGUCUGGUAACCCUCCCAACAGCCAGCAGGUCUGCAGCAUGCGUCUGUUCCUGCUAGUUGCUUUAUACCUUUCACCAGUAUAUGGGGACUAUACUGACGAGUGGAUUGAUCCCAGUGAUAUGCUUAACUAUGACGCAGCCUCUGGAAAGAUGAAAAAUAAACCCCAGGUGGAAAGUACACAAUCCUACUAUUCAGUAGAAAAUACUGUUUCACAGGAUGCUACACAACAGCCUGCACAGAAAGCAAAUGAACUGCAUCAAAAUCCAGACAUGACUUGCUCAGCAGAAUAUCAGGAGUAUAAGACAAAACUGGAAAACCUCAAAGGGCAGUUGGAGGAAACCAAAAGAAUGGAGAAAUCGAAGAGUAAAAGUCAAGCCAUUUUUAAGCGGUACCUUAAUAAGAUUUUGAUUGAGGCCGGACGCAUAGGACUUCCAGAUGAGUCUUACCCUAAAGCUCAAUAUGAUGCAGAGGUUGUGCUCACAAUGGAGAUGCUACAAGAAAUUCAGAGUUUCCUGAACAAUGGAGACUGGAAUGUGGGAGCACUUGAUGAUGCUUUGAGCAGCACUUUAGUGCAAUUCAAGCACCAUAAUGAGGAAGAGUGGAAGUGGAAAUUUGAGGACAGUUUUGGAGUGGAUGUAUACACAUUAUUUAUGCUCAUCCUAUGUGUGUUGUGCUUAGUUAAACUUAUUGCCACAGAGAUCUGGACUCACAUUGGCUGGUUCACCCAGUUAAAACGCCUCCUUAUCUUAAGCAUUGUGAUCAGCUUUGGCUGGAACUGGAUGUAUUUAUAUAAGGUUGCCUUUGCUGAGCGCCAGGCAGAACUAGCAAAGUUGCAGGACUUUGACAAAUGUAGUCAAAAGAUCAGCUGGUCCGAGAGCCUGUUUGAUUGGAUGAAGGGUGCUGCCACCUUCCAAAAUGAUCCUUGUGAAGACUACUUUAAAGCUUUGAUCGUUAGUCCAACACUGAUGGUCCCACCUACUAAGGCACUUGCCCUCACAUUUACCAACUUUAUAACAGAGCCACUCAAACAUAUUGGAAAAGGAAUUGGAGAGUUUUUAAAUGCUUUGCUAUCAGAAAUCCCUUUAUUUUUUCAAGUUCCUGUACUCAUUUUUAUUGCAGUUCUUUUGCUGGCCUUCUUUUAUGGGGCAGGCACAGCAGUCAUGAACCCAGUGAACCUUUUCAGGCGUUUAACAGGUCCUGAAAGAGAAAAACCUUUGCCUGUAGAGCCUACAAGAUCAAAUCGAAAACGGUUUAUUGAAGAUGUGCGUGUACCACCUGCCCUGGGACAGCUACCCAGAGACAAUGAUGUGGUAAAUAUACCAAAACAACAACCUCUUGAUGAUAUCGAUGGCAGCAACAAUCCACCAGUGACAGCUCCUGCAGAUCCAUCUGACACAGGGCAAGUUAAAAGCAACAAUACAGGAGAGCCCUUGGUUCAGGAAGAUCACUCAAUCAAGAAAUCCAUAAAAGAAUCACGGAAUGAUGAAAGGCCAAACACAGAGAGCCCAGAGGCUGAACCUCAAAGACCAGAAGAACCUGUCGUAGAAACACUAAGAAGCACAGUAAGAACCUAUUCAAUAAUGAGAUGACAUUCUUACCUGGUGGCUUUGCUAACUCCAAAUUGAGCAGAAGAGUGCUCUUAGCGUAGGGAUCCUGAGGCAGAGCUGCACAGAAACACAUCGAUGGAAUAAUCCGCAGGGGAAAAAGAGCACAGGCCUACAUGCAAGUAUGGACUUUACAAAUGAUUUGGAUUGGAUGGAGCCAGUUUUAUUUACCCCAGCACUAGAGUUGGACUUAAGUGCCACUAAACUUUUAUUGUGCUUUCUCUUUGCCUAAUGUAAAUAUUAACUACUGAUCUGCUGUACAUACAAAUCCCAAGAGUAAAUCGUGAAAUGGACAGUAUUCAAACAGGCAGAGACGCAAGGCUGCACGAGGUAUUGCUCACAUUUCUGUAUUCUUCUGUAUUUGCUAUUGAAAAUGCUCUCACCUCAAACCAAUGUUAUAGAUUAGGUAGAGCAGGAGAUAUCCCGCAGCCUUGUACUAUUGUCACAGAAGCACGCACUCUAUUAUGGCCUAUUUGCAACAGCCACCAGAAUACAUUGCUACCUACCCAACCCCCAUCCCUGGCACCAGCUUGGGUCAAAUAGUAUUGUGGUAGGGAUGUGCUGAACAAAGGAAAAUUGAGUUUAUAAAACCUGGAUCUCUUUUGUGCAAUUUUUAAUCUUGUAAAAAGAAAAAAAAAAAGACAAAAGUUGUUCUAUGCCACAGUUUAUUACUUAGUACAGAACUGGCAACUUAAAAAUGCUAAAUUCACUUAAACUAAUUAUAUAAAUAGUGGUAUUAGAAUGUUUUGUUCUUUUCAUUUAAAAUAUUUUUCAGAACUGUUAAACCGAAAACUGUCACAGAACACCGUACCUUUCUGGAAUCUUUUUGUACAAUACAUAUUUUUCUAUUUAAAAAAGCCCUUUUGCAAAAGUCAGUGCGUUCACAGCAAACCUAUUCAGGAUUCAUUAGAACGGACCACUCUUUACAUUUUCACUUCCACAAUAAAGUCAAAUGAAAAAUAUUUACAAAGCAAUGAACAAUCUGUAGUGCUUCAGGUGUAAUGGCCUAGAUAUACAAUAUGAUUAAAAGGUGCACUCUUAUUAUUAGGGGAAUGUUGCAUUGGGAGCUGCACCCCAGCAGAUGGGUGACCGGUGAUUUGCACAGGAAUGAAUGUGGGGGAUUUUGAACAUUUUGUGGCCUUCCCAUCUGAAUCAGACAGUACCAUUACUGUUACUCUGGGAGGUCGAAUUUUGAAUUCAUGUGAAUUUUUUAACUCUAAUAAAUUUGAAUAUACUCAAA